UGUACUGUGCCUGGCAUCAUGCACCAUGCACAGGGUUGCAAAUGUCUGGCACAGAACUCCAUGAGCCUCCUAGCUCAGACCUGGAGAAAAACAUAGCUGGCUUGCCGAGGCUGAUGUUUAAUUACAGAAUAUUCCAAGUUGGAAGGGACGCAUGGCAAGCCCAAGGGCAUAACUAAGUUACCCCAUGCUUGAUGCAGCCACUGUUGGAACCAGUUACUUUGUAUUUUUCUGGGUAAAAUAACACCGGGUAUCUGAGCAUCACUACUGCAUCCACCAACAGAGGCUGGGCCAUUUCUCUUUAAAAAACCCAAAGGGCCAGUGUUGACUCCAGAUAUGACCUGCACAACACAAGUGCUUCACCCUGCUCACCGCAGUGGUGCAGGCUGCUGAGGUGGGAGUGCGGCAUUUCUUCCUUCUUCCCCUCCCCUCUGCGUGUAACUGGGGUAUUUUGUCAGCCUCUGUUUAAUAUGCAUACUUCUCCCUUGGCUCUUGCCCAGACUUGAAGGAGUGCACUGCUUUCCUCAACCAAGGGCUUGUCUAAACAACGAUGUUCUGGCUGCUUUAACGAGUGUUGUUCAAGUGCUAAAUCCCCCUAAGCCUUGUGGAGUUACAUUAGUACAAACAUUGCUGUCUGGGAAGCAAUAUCUGCUUUAAAGCACCUCUCUAGGCUGUGUACCAGGUGUCCACGGCAGUGGCAGCAUGGAAUAAGAGAGUGGUUUAAGCUUGCUGUAUAAGACUUUAAAAAGCAAACCUGGUUGUGAUGGUUUUAUAGAAGCUUAAAUACUUGAGGGGGCAGAAGUUGAUGGUAGGACAGUUGACGUUCAAACAGACGUCAAGCUACUUCAUUAUUUCCUGAUAUGUUUCUUGUUGCAGUGGGCUGGAAGUGGCCAGGAUGUUUAGUGAUGCUGAUGUAGAGUGACCUGAUCCUUUUCCUGGAGUGCAUCUCCUUGCCUGAGGUCUGCAGGGUUGUAGACUUUUCGCCUGUGCAGUAUGGUUGCUAUUUACCUGCUAAGAUAUUAGGACUCAUCUACAUCAGAGCAACUCUACCAGCGUACUUCUGCUGACACAGCCUCAAAGCACUAUAGCAACCGUUCCCUCAGCUGCUUCACACAGCCUUUGUAUCUGAGGAAGCUGUGGUAAAGCAAGGCGUCUGUAACUGUGUCUGCAGCAGAGUUUCUGCAAACACAGGUGUCUCGGUCCUGUGGUGUUUCCUUUCACACCCUUUGCUGAGCCUGUGCUCUUAGGAGCAGCUUGGGGAGCUCCCCCCUCCAGCUGGAGGGUUUGUAUUACCCUCUGCUGUGCUGGCAAAGUUGUGGGGUUUUGUGCUGAAGCCCACACCGGAUUAGCUGAAUCACCACCACCAGGCAGGCUAUGGAUUUUGAAUCAAAGAACAGUUUCAUAGGAAGCUUUCUUCAGCCACCAGAUCAGAUGCUUCCUGCAGCCUUUGUUUAUACAGAAUCAAAGAAGUUGGCAGCUGCUGCUGGUGACAGGCCUUCUCUCCCAAAUAACCAAGCUGUAGUGGCAGCCCUGAAAACUCUGCAAGAAAAAAUCCACCGUCUAGAGCUGGAGAAGUCACAGGCUGAAGAUAACCUGUGCAGCCUCUCCAGAGCAGCUGCUCAGUACAAGAAGGUCUUAGAGCAGGGAUCCUACGAGAAGAACACAGCCCAUCAAGAGCUGAUGCAACAGAGGAAAGAUGCAAGUGUGCAGUUAAGUGCAGCACAAUCCCGCUGCUCCCUGCUGGAGAAACAGCUGGAUUACAUGAGAAAAAUGGUUUGUACUGCAGAACUGGAAAAGAAAAUGAUUUUACAACAACAGCUUCAGAAAGAGGAAGAUCAGAACCGGUUGGAACUGCAUGCAAAACUUGACAAGCUUGAAGUGCUAGAAAAAGAAUGUCUUAAACUUACUGCUACUCAGAGAAUUGCCGAAGACAAGAUCAAACACUUAGAAGAAAAGCUUUGUAAAGAAGAGCAUCAGCAUAAGCUAAUACAAGAUAAAACUGCUCAGCUUCAAAAUGGAUUUGAUAUAAACAGAAUUUUGAUGUCUUCAGUAACAUCUCAAUGUGAACCUGAAAAGGAAAAUGGGAAGAACAAAAAACCUAGGAAGCAGAGAAAUCCUACAAUGAAGAAAAUUCAGCUUUCACAAUUACAUGUAAAGGCUGCUGAACUACCUUUUGUGGCUGGGAAGUCUGUCAGCUCCAGCCAUUCUGUCAGUGCAAAUGUACAAAGUGUGUUGCAUAUUAUGAAGCAUCGCAAUCCAUGUAUCUCGUCACGAAGACAAGGAGGAGCUACGUCUGGGGUUUCAGGACACAGUGCACUUUCAAAAUCCUCUUGUUUCACAUCACCCACUGUCACCAGGAGCUUUUCAGACCUUCUGUUGACCUUAGAAGACAAGCUGGGCCAAAUGAGCUCUGAGCAUCAAGAACUUCUGAAGCAGAUACAGGAGACUCAAGACUUCCAAGCUCGUGAAGACCUGAAACAGGAGCUGGAUUGCCUUGUAAAACAAAUGGAGAGCAAAAGAAAACAAAUAUCCAAGCUGAAAAAGCAUCAGGCUACUGUGCAGAAAUUAAAGAGAAAAACUGAGAAAUUGAAGCAAGGGGCACCUCACGUCAAACUAAAGGGUGGUGAACAAAAGGAAACAAAGGAGGUUGCAGUCACUGUAAAAGAAAGUAUGUCUAAACCUUGUCCUGGGCAGAAAAGCAGAAGCUCUCUUCAGCUGCUAAAAGCUGUGAGGAAACUUCAGUUAUCUCUGAAAAAAGAUGAUGUCAUCUGAAAAGAACAGUUCUGAAUUUGCUAUGUUAGAUGUUUUUGAAGUUGUCUGACACCUAGUAGACUUUUAGUUGUACAAAAUACCUUUUAAAAAUAAACUAGAUACAAUAGACAUGUACAUUCUAAACUCUCUAGUAGGUCAGAUUGUUCACCUUAGAAUUAACUUUCAUGUAGUGUAGUUAUAACUCAACUACACUUCCUUGUAAUGGAAUAAUGAAAUGUUAUUAUUUGCUAACUUGUCAAAUAAAAUUUUAUACUUUUUUUACACUUAAAA